AUCCGGCACUAGCAGCACAGCUCGCUAGCUAGCUAUCCCAAGAACCAGCAGCCAACAGCUGAUCAUCUAGCUAGCUUAGCUCCGGCGAUCCAUGGCGCCGGCGGCGGCCGUCUCCGGCGGCCGGUGGAGCGAGACGGCCAUGCUCGUCAUGGACAUGCAGAAGGAUUUCGUGGAUCCGGCGAUGGGCAGCUCGGCGCUGUUGGCCCCCGGCGAGGCUAUCGUGCCCUCCGUCGCCGACGCCAUCGCCGUUGCCAGGCAGCGCGGCGUCUUCAUCGUCUGGGUGGUCAGGGAGCAUGACCCUUUUGGAAGAGACGUUGAACUAUUUCGUAGACACUUGUAUUCUGAUGGAAAGGGUCCGGCUAUAAAAGGUUCAGAAGGUGUUGAGAUGGCUGAUGGGCUUACUGUUGAACAAGGGGAUUACAAGGUGGUGAAGACAAGGUUCAGUGCCUUCUUUGCCACACACCUUGAUUCUGUGCUCAAGACCUCUGGGAUAAAGAACUUGGUUGUUGUUGGGGUUCAAACUCCAAAUUGCGUUCGUCAGACGGUGUGUGAUGCUGUAGCACUGGACUAUGAGAAAGUUACGGUCAUCACUGAUGCAACAGCUGCUGCUACACCAGAUAUCCAUUUGUCAAACAUCAGAGAUAUGAAGAAUAUCGGAGUGGAAACACCAACCUUGGCAGAAUGGCGACACUAAAAAUUGUAAUCCCUGCCUGCUAGUGUUAUAUACGGCAUGCUCAACACGGUUACCUCCCUCGAUGUAAUUAUAAAUUAAGGCAUUCCUGUUACCUUCGGCCUCAGUGGGUGUAAUUAUAAUUAUGUUGACCUCAUGUGUCAUGUAGAAUAAUGGCAAGUUAAUUCUACCUUAUUGGAACAAAACAACCAUGGGUUGCAGUUGAUUUGGACCCUCGAUUCGUAUCAAAGUUUUUUUUUACUCUAGGCUUGAGACAAUAAAGUAUGGUUUC